AUGGAUGCCCAGGCCCCCAAAGCUCCGACGGUCUCGGAAACCCGAGCAUCGCGUUUUACGGGCGCUAAGUUAUCACCUCCCCUUUCUUUCUCUCCACAUCCUCGCUCUCAGCAGCGGCGCGAUUUCGACCUCAUUUGCGGUUGGAAGGAGCUGGUUGCCAUGUCCGUGUUCAAUGACACCGCGAGAAAGGCGUCUUCACCAGAGCUUGGAAGUGCUUCCCCAUCGCCCCGCAUCCUCUUGGACGAGAAACUGCCCGGGCCCCUAUACGGCCUUCCCACCAUCGACAUCGACUCCUGUCGCUAUUCGCCAACCCGCACCCCCAGUCAUCUCGAGAACGAGACAACUCUUCGCCUCGAAGGAACCCAGUCCGAGCUCGAGCACUUCAGCCAGAAGGCGCUGUGGAACGCGAACCUCCCCAUCCACUCUCUUCCCGCGGAGGUGCUCCUCCACAUCUUCGAGGAACUCGCGCCCGCACUCCUUCCGGACAAGCCGCCGUCCCGGUUUCUUCCAUAUGAAGAAGAGGCGCGGCGCCCCUGGGCACGGCUGAUGCUCGUGUGCCGUCACUGGUGCGCCCUCAUCCGGAACCGCGCCUGUUUCUGGAGCGACAUCACCAUCGCCACGGACACCAGGUGGUUCGACCUCGCUUUGAGCCGAUUGGGAAGCUCUCAGAUCCGUCUAGAGCUCGCGUCCGACUGCGACCUCAAAGCGGUGCUGCCGAUGCUUGAGGUGCACGCUGGCCGCAUCGAGAAGCUGGCACUCGAAGGAGCGGUGUCUGAUGAGGAUGCGCCCUACCUUGAGUCGCUUCUAUCGCGCUCGUUGUCUGUCCUGCGGAGCCUCACAAUUGCGAUGGACGAGACAGCCCGCCCAGUAACCGCUGUGGCAGACCGCUGCGCUGGCCUCGAACGGCUGGAGCUCACACACAUCUCGGUACCCUGGACGAAGGCGGUCCUGGCCAAUGUCGAGAUCCUGUCUCUCACGGAUUGCUCUUUGUCGACACCAACGCUUCCCUUCCUCGACUUCCUCGACGUACUCGAACACGGUCAACGCCUUCGGUACCUCUAUCUCAAUAAUUUCCUCUCGGCCGCGGUUAAUCUCCAAAGCUCUGCGCUUCACGAGCGUGUCGUCACGCUCCCCGUUUUACAGCACCUCGAAUGCAGAGAUGCCCCAGCCGAUAUCGCGCAGCUGAUGGCGCACCUCCACACCCCCGCCAUCUCAUACCUCGAACUCCUGGGAUCCUGCAACGACGACGACGUGCCGCCCUCCGUCCACGCCUCCCUCCUUCCGGACGAUCCCCGCACGCAAUAUCCCGUCCUCCAGCGCGUCACCUCCGCCUAUCUCGACGUCUCCGGCCAGACCGGCCUCCACUUCACAAACCCCGCCAGCGGCAUAUCCCUGGUGACGUACCUGUUCAACCUCGACGCGCAGCUGUGGCUCGCGCGCGAGCUCCCGCGGCUCCCCACGCACCUCGGGCCCGCGCUGACCGCGCUCGAGCUGCGCGGCGUGCUGGACGUGCCGCAGGCGACGUGGGACCGCGUGUUCGACGCGUUCCCCGCGCUCCAGAAGCUCCUCGUCUGCGAGUACGCGUCCCACAGCCUCCCGCGCGCCAUGCUCCGCUCGCUCUCCACCCACGGCCGCGUGCGCUGCCCCGCGCUCAGGCAUCUGCGGAUUGACGGCUGGGACUGGCGCAGGGGCGCGUUCCGGCAGGUGCUGAAGUGCCUGCGCGUGCGUGCGGCGGGCGGCGCGGCGCGGCUGGCGUACUUUGGUGCGUAUGCGGACGAGUGGGAGGAGGCGAUGCGCCCGGCGCUGGAGAAAUUCCGCACGCAGUUUCUCGAGGUGGUGGAUGUGUUCGUGCUUGACGGGGUGUUUGAUGCUGGCUACGCGUAGUGGUGCGCGUGGAUAUGUUGCAAAUGAAUAGUCGCUGUAUACAUAGAUGUCUUCCUUUGAUCUCAGUCAGCCUGAGAUGCGUUCCUAGUUCUCGAUGGCAUUGACACACGGCCCUCGUAGUACUCCUACACGUAGCUUACAUCUCGAGCUCAAUAAUACUCUGCCUG